AUGCUACCAACAUGGUUACAUGGACAAGUAUUCAAGCAUCGUCCAUCACCAUCACUUAAGACACUAAGGAUUGCAAUAGAACAUUUAGAAAGGCAAGGGAUCUUUGAUUCGUAUGGGGUGCCGCUGACACCACAACCAAUAACACAGAAAUUAUCGGUGAUAAAUGAAUUUAAGUUGCCAUCUCUAAAUGGCGACACAAUUGCCGAACAUUUUUGGAGAAUUGGUGAAAAUCAAAUGAGACCCGUACGAGAGCUAGCACAGAGAUUUGCGAGUGUAUCGUUACCUGAUAUCCCGGCGCCAGGAUCAUGGGUUUUUAAAUCAGGUUGGACGCGUUAUGAGAAAGGAAAUUUGCCGAAAUCUGUAGAUUUUCCAAAUGAAGAAAUUUUAUGCUUUGAUGUGGAAACGCUUGUUCCUGACUGUCCAUUUUCUGUGCUUGCCACUGCUGCUUCGCCAACCGCUUGGUAUUCUUGGGUAUCUCCUCGGUUGAUAGAACAUAAGAAGUACAGAGAACAAGGAAUCGAAAAUUAUGAACCGGCUGUUAAAGGAUAUCUUAUUCCAAUUGGGACUUUAAAUAGAGAGAGGAUAAUAGUUGGUCAUAAUACUAGUUAUGAUCGAGCUAGGAUAAAAGAAGAAUAUCAUUUAAAGCCAUCGGGGACCAGUUUUCUGGAUACAAUGGCAUUGCACAUUGCAAUUAAUGGCGUGUGUGAUGGAGUUCCCGGCUGGGCCAGAGCUAAAUGGGAAGCAAACUGUACUGAUAUGAAAAACAUUUAUGGAGUUUACGAUGUAAGUUUGGUGAGUGGCCUUAGUAGAGUGUACCAGUAUCACUGUAAUAAACAAUUAGAUAAAUCGACUCGUAAUAUUUUUGUGGACGGUACAAUGGAGGAAAUCGUGGAAUCAGAAAUGUUUCAAAACUUGAUGACAUAUUGCGCAAAAGACGUUGAAGCAACUCAUCAAGUUUAUCAAAAAGUGUUUCCGCGUUUUUUGGAAGUGUGUCCUCAUCCGGUAUCAUUCGCUGGAAUGCUUCACAUGGGAAAUAUGUUUCUAUCAACAACUAGAGAAGAUUGGGUUAGAUACAUUAAAUCUGCAGAUAAGAUGUACACAGAGAAAUCAAGUCUGUUGGACAAUAUGUUGCAGGUUCUUGCGGAAGAAGCAUGUAAAUUGGACCCGGCAAUAGCGAAAAAAGAUCAUUGGCUAAAGCAGCUAGACUGGAACAUUUCUAAUGGAAGGAAAAAAGCAGGUUGUCCAUCGUGGUAUCGUGAACUCUGGGAUAGCAAAACAGAGAAACUCAAGAUCUCUCCGAACUGCAAGAUUGGAAUAAUGUUAAUGAAAUUAACAUGGAAAGGUUUUCCUAUUUAUUAUUCAAAACAAUAUGGGUAUGUAUAUAGAGUUCCCAUCCAAGAUGACGAGUUCAUACCGACUGCUAAUACUACGCCAUUAUGUGUUUUCUCUAAGGAAGAUAAUGAUUAUGAUUUUUUUACAGGAGAUAUUGGUGGAUGCUAUUAUCAAAUAUCAAAAACUUUUUUCUUAAAAUAUUUCUAUGGCGAAAUUGAAAAUGGGACUAUAAGAUCAACAUAUGAAGACGUGACUACUCAAUUGUUGAAUCAAGUUUUCUGUGCGUAUUGGAAAAAUAAAGGACCUCGAAUGAAAACAAUGAUGGUGGCCUAUAAUGAUCAUCCGCAAAUAACCGAUAAUAUGGGAUUGCAGAAACAACAAGAUGAACAAGAACAAACUGACGAAACCGGAAUAAUAAUUCCACAAGUAUUGACAAUCGGUACAUUAAUGCGACGCGCUAUCGAUCGAGACUGGAUUCUCGCGGAAGAAUUAAAUGAAAAUUACGUCGGAGCUGAUUACCGAAAAAAAAUCAAAGCACCAAAGGGAUAUAAAAUUGUCCGCGGGAAAAUCGAGGCGCUUGAAAUAUGGAUCGCGAGUUUGAUCGGUGAUUCGCAAUUUGGAAUUUAUGGUGCGACUGCAAUGAGCUGGCAUGUUUUGCAUGGAGAUCCAUUGAUAGGUACGGAUAUGCAUUCACGAACUGCACGAGAAUUAAAGGUUUCACGCAAUCAAGCACGGUUAAUUGAUUAUGGGAGGAUAUUUGGCGGGAAUAGAACAUUUGGUGGUAAUUUUAUGUUUGUGAAUAAUAUGCUUGAAAAAUUGAAAAUUAAAGACGAUGAUUUAGAUACAAUCAAUAAAACAAUAAACUUUUAUAAAAAGACCGAAGGAAACAUUUUUUUCAAAAACCAGAGUCAAUAUUUUUGGCAUGGUGGAUCAGAAAGUUACACGGUGAACGGGUUCGACGAUAUCGACAACAAUAGUUAUACUAAUGAUAUUAAAUCGGAAGACUCGCGAACCCCGAUACUGAAAUCUGGAAAGCCGUGGGGGCUGCGAUUAGUCGACAAACCGGUAAACUGGGUUGUGCAAUCGGCAGCUGUGGAUUUCCAGCAUCUGUUGUUGGUCUCGAUGCAGCAUCUUAUUAAGAAAUAUCAGAUUAAUGCACGGUUGAUGCUGAUGGAGUAUGAUAAUAUGCAUUUUCUUUGUGAUCAAGAAGAAUGUUAUCGUGUUGCUUUGGCAAUGCAGAUUAGUCAUUUUUGGACGAGAUCUUUGUUUAGUUAUAUGAUGGGAAUUGAAGAUUUGCCAAUGUCUCUUGCAUUCUUUCCAUCAAUCGAGAUCAGAAAUCAAUUGGACGAAAAAAGAAACUCGGAAAUAUCACGUAUAACAAUGAUGGAUACCCUCGCAUCAUUAAACGAAAAAGACAACAACAAUAGCAAAGAAACUACAACAUCGCUAUCAUUAAUCGCCCUCGAAAAACUACUAAUCAAGCCACUAGCAAAAAUCGAUAAAGAAAAUGAUGAUCUAUCGUCAUCAAUAACGAUUCCACAGGAGGAAGUCGAAUCCCUGCUCAAACCGUAUUGUCCACCCGAGGAUUAUGACUUGUUCCUGGAACUACAGUCGUUGACCACCGAAGAAGAAAUCAAAACGUUGUUUAAGAUGAGACGUAUGGAUGGACUCGCAAAGAUGUCCGAUUAUAUUAAACGAACAUAUCCGAGCUUUUUUGGAAAAGUGGAGAGAUAUUUCAAGUUUGCUGUUUAG